AUGCAAUUUACUGCUUCAAGAAAAUCUGAAAAUACCAAAAUAAGUAUUAAUGAAGUUAAAUUAAGCAUAUUUGAUAAAGCUAUACAAUUAAAUCCAAAAAAUUCUUGGCUACUUGUUGAAUAUUUAAAAUGUUGUGAACAGACUUAUGACGUUCCAAAAUUACUUACAAAGUGGGAUCAAAUUUUAAAUGAGAAUCCCGGUGACAUAGUACUUUGGAUGGAAUAUAUAACUUUUAGACAAACCAAUCUUGUUUCUUUUAAUGUUACUCAAUGUUUACAAUUAUUUGAAGAUUGUUUGCAUGUUUUGCGCAAAUCCGUAUUGGUCGCAAAUGAUUAUAAUGGAUAUUCUGAAAGAGCUUACGCGUGUUGGCAAGCGAUGAUUGAACUUGUUUUUUUUACGCCGGAUCAUUUACGUCAACAAACUUUUUAUGAUCGUGUCGCAGCUCUUGAGGUCUUUUGGGAGACUGAAUGGCCUAGAUUUGGUGAAGAUGAUGCCAAAGGAUGGUCGUAUUAUGUAGAUCAAGGCAAUAAUGAGAUGCAGGUUAUUCUCGCAUCACCAAAUCCUACAAAUGUUUCAAAUUUAAAUGGUGAUAUUUAUGAGAAGUGGGCAACAGCCGAAGAAAUGCAUAAUGGUCAAUUACUUUCAACACGAACAGGUACGGGAGGUGACGAUGACAUCAAUGUAGACGAUCCAUAUCGGAUCAUAAUAUUUGACGAUAUACGAACAUUUUUAUAUGACGUAACAUUCCCUCAGUCGUGUAUAGAACUUUUACAUGCUUGCUUUUCAUUUGUUGGAUUAACGUUCAAUCCUGGAUAUUCAUCAUCAAAUCCGUUGAUUACGGAUCCAUUCCUAAAUAAUAAACUUGCAAAUGAAUCAAUAGCGAACAAAAGUUUUUGGGCGACAAGAUUGGAAGAAAAUUGUUUAUUCAAAUUUCCUAUUAAGGCAUUUCCUCAAGUUGAAGAUAAUUUAUUCAAUUCACAAAAUUGGAUUUGUAUUUGUGAUGAAAUUGAUGUGAUAAAUGUCGAUAUGAAAUUUGUAAGGAACGCAUUUUAUCAGUUAAGACAAGUUGUGAAUGACACAGGAAUAAAAUUGUGUCGCCUCGUGGUAGAACAUUUACAUGAUACGUCAAGUGGACGGUCGCUUGCAAAGAGUAUGUUGAAGCGAGAAAAAAUGAAUCUCGCACUUUGGAAUGGUUAUGCGCAGGUUGAACGAUCAUCAAAUAAAUAUUCAGAGGCACGUAAAAUAUAUCUUGGUGCUAUUUCACAAAUUCUAUCAUAUCCCGAACGAUUUCAAAUUGAUGCUCCAUUAUUGCAUAGAACGUUUGCAGAAAUGGAAAUGGAACAAGGACAUUAUAAGACCGCUAUGAAAUCGAUAGCGGAAAUUGAUGUAUCAGUAACUAGGUUGUUGAAGGCGAAGAAAUAUUAUGCACAACAAAUGGCAAGGUCCACGACAACAAUAUCACAAUAUGAAUCAGGAAAUUCAUUACAUUAUUGUGUUUGUUAUGCAUUACUGGAAUGUCUUAGUCAGAAUUUACAAGCAUCUAGUAAAAUAUUUGAAGAAAUGAUACAAGAUAUAGAAAUGAGAAAAGUCCUCAACAAUUAUAUCUCAACAUCAUCAAAUAAUGAAUCAGGGAAAUUACUUCAAAAUGUAUUAACAAGAGCUAUAAAGGCCUUUCCUAAUAAUACUAUAUUUUUAUCAAUAUAUUUCCAUCAAGAAAUUCAUGGUAGAAUGUCAAAUGGAUUAUAUCCGAUUUUAGAUGAAACAUUACAAAAGAAUCCUAGCCAUAUAAUAUGGACAUUUGUUUUAUAUUCCGAAUUACGUCGGCAACAACCUUUUAAUGUUAAACGUGUAAGAUCAUUAUUUGAUAGAGCACUUGAAUGUUCCAAGACAAAGAGUUCAAUUUCAUUAUGGACCUUAUACAUAAAUUUUGAGAUGACUUAUGGUAGAAAUGAUAUAGCUAAAACUUUAUAUUAUAGAGCUGUAAGAGAAUGUCCGUGGUCAAAAGAUCUUUAUAUGAUGGCAUUUAGAAAGUUACGUAGUUUAUUCACCAUAGAUGAAUUGGAAGAAGCUAUGAAUGUACUGUAUGAAAAAGAAAUUAGGUUAAGAGUUUCUAUAGACAAAUUUGAUAAUACUGUAACUUAA